ACUCCUCCCUCUUCUUCCUGCUCUUAAACACAGCACCUCCUCUCUGUCCAUGUUUCCUCAUUCCCUCCCCUUCAGAUCUGUAGUUUGAAGAUGGGUGUAACCAACAUGUGGUGCUGUGUCAGAGCUGACAGGCUCCAUUCACUGCAGAAACCCAUGCUGCUGAGAUCAGAGCUCAGACUAGUUUCAGUUAUAAGGAAGUGAAACUCACACAGUCACUGACACUGAGAGGAGAAAUGGCGCAGAAAGGAGUUCAGCUGGACCGAGAAACCUUCACUUGUUCCAUCUGUUUGGAUCUACUGAAGGAUCCGGUGGCUCUUCCCUGUGGACACAGCUACUGCAUGAACUGUAUUAAAAGCUUCUGGGAUGAAGAGGAGGAGAAAAAGGGAAUCCACAGCUGCCCUCAGUGCAGGAAGACUUUCACACCGAGGCCUGUCCUGGAGAAAAACACCAUAUUAGCUGUUUUAGUGGAGGAGCUGAAGAAGACUGGACUCCAAGCUGCUCCAGCUGAUCACUGCUAUGCUGGACCUGAAGAUGUGGCCUGUGAUGUCUGCACUGGGAGGAAGCUGAAAGCCACCAAGUCCUGUUUAUCUUGUCCAGCCUCUUACUGUGAGAAACACCUCCAACCUCACUAUGAUGCAGCUCCAUUAAAGAAACACAAGCUGGUGGCCCCCUCCAAGAAGCUCCAGGAGAACAUCUGCUCUCGUCAUGAUGAGGUGAUGAAGAUUUUCUGUCGUACUGAUCAGCAGAGUAUCUGUUAUCUCUGCACAAUGGAUGAACAUAAAGGCCAUGAAACAGUCCCAGCUGCAGCAGAAAGGACUGAGAAGCAGAAGGAGCUCGAGGUGAGACGACUAAACAUCCAGCAGAGAAUCCAGGACCGAGAGAAAGAUGUGAAGCUGCUUCAACAGGAGGUGGAGGCCAUCAAUGGCUCUGCUGAUAAAGCAGUGGAGGACAGUGAGAAGAUGUUGACUGAGCUGAUCCGUCUGAUCCAGAAAAGAAGCUCUGAUGUGAAGCAGCAGGUCAGAUCCCAGCAGGAAACUGAAGUGAGUCGAGUCAAAGAGCUUCAGGAGAAGCUGGAGCAGGAGAUCGCUGAGCUGAAGAGGAAAGACGCCGAGCUGGAGCAGCUCUCACACACAGAGGAUCACAGCCAGUUUCUACACAACUACCCCUCACUGUCAGCACUCAGUGAGUCUACACACUCAUCCAGCAUCAAUAUUGGUCCUCUGAGGUACUUUGAGGAUGUGACAGCAGCUGUGUCAGAGACCAGAGAUAAACUACAGGACAUCCUGAGAGAGGAAUGGACAAACAUCUCACUGACAGUCACUGAAGAGGAUGUUUUACUGUCACCAUCAGAGCCAAAGACCAGAGCUGGAUUCUUAAAAUAUUCACAUGAAAUCACACUGGAUCCAAACACAGCACACAGAUAUCUGUUAUUAUCUGAGGAGAACAGAAAAGUAACAUUAAUGGAACAACAACAGUUUUAUUCUGAUCAUCCAGACAGAUUCACUGGAUGGUGUCAGGUCCUGAGUAGAGAGAGUCUGACUGGACGUUGUUACUGGGAGGUGGAGUGGAGAGGGGGAGAAGUUUAUGUAGCAGUUGCAUACAAGAAUAUCAGCAGAGCAGGGAGCCUCAAUGAAUGUGGGUUUGGAUGGAAUGACAGAUCUUGGGCAUUAUGUUGUGACGGAAACAGUUUUCAAUUUUGGCACAACGAUGUCCACACUGACCUCUCAGGUCCUCGGUCCUCCAGAGUAGGAGUGUACCUGGAUCACAGAGCAGGUAUUCUGUCUUUCUACAGCGUCUCUGAAACCAUGACUCUCCUCCACAGAGUCCAGACCACAUUCACUCAGCCGCUCUAUGCUGGACUUUGGCUUGGUUUCACUGAUGGAGUCACUGCAGAGUUGAUUAAAGUCAGAUAGACAGAGAAGAUAGGUUCAUGUUGAUCCUGACCAUUAUAUGUACUUGUGUAGUUUCUAAAUGAGGCUUUACAUUUUAGAAGCUGAGAAGUUCAGUGGUCCAUUGAUGUCUGAAAAUAAUAUUGCACUGAUUCAAACUGUACUUACAUUUAUAUACCUUACAUCAAUAUAAAUCUGGAUCUGUUCUUAUGGCUGAUAAUCAUGUGAGUUUAAAUUAUGCUACUCUUCAUAUUCAGCAUGUUUUCAAUCUUGAAUCAGUCUGGUUAGUGGUUUUAUUCUGUAGUUGCUGUAGUGGGUUGUCAAAUGCAAAUAAUCCAUUGGAGCUGCAGUGAUUCAUCAGUUAGUCAAUGAUGAGAUAAUUGAUUGUUUUAUCAUUAUUUUAGUCCUGUGGAACAAAAAUUUGAAUCUUCGAGCUGUUUGAGAUUAUAAUGGACAUUUUAACUAUGAUCUGAUGCUUAUACUAAAAAUCAAUGAUUGUAUCUAGAGUGAUGUUAUUUAAUGUCAUUUUUGGGAUUAAAAGUUUGAUCACACUCAAUCAUUUAUAUAUUUUAAUCUAAAAACUAAGUGAUACAGGCCUGUGUGUUGUGUACACA